UGUUGUUGUGAAGACCGGCAACCAAAUGGAACUCGACCAAGAGAGGGUCUCCUGCCUGCAGCAGUUGGUUCCCGACGGAUACACGCUGCGCGACAAGCUCAGCAUCGAGAGACAGAAGCCACGAAAGUAUCGGUUAGUGCUGCACUCAAGGUCGCGAGCCAACAAUACUGAGUUGAAAUGGCGGAGCCGCUGGAUCACGUCUGGGAAGCCACGCGGCCGCGACGCCGUCGCGGAGGGAAUCAUCAUAGACGAGGUGACUGCUGCUGACUGGGAUGCCGUUCAACUCAAGAACUCAGCGUACGCCCCGGUGCAGAGAGCACCACCGCGGGAUUCAACAGCACCCGCAGUUCGAGCCGCAGCGCCAGCCGUUGGUUCACUACAAGAACCCGGUCUCGCAGGCGCGCAAAGAUCGCGAGAUCCAAAUUGGGGUGGACAACGGGACUACAGUGGGCGGCCCUUUGGAAAGUUGGGGAGGGCGGCCCGGCGGAUGCGUGCGUUGACACUUCGGCAGGAACUAGAGGAGGCCGUUCCUGGGGCAUUCAACCUCUCUGCAAGCAGUCUGGAAGAAGUCGUGCGGGCGUGGAUAGAGUUCGAACCCGAGUGGGCCGAAGAGGCGAAGAGGAGAUACCUGAACAAGGGCACGUACAGCACAUCUCAAGCUGCAAAGAAGAUUAGGCGUGCGAAAGGGGCGGAGAUGAAAGCUCGGGUGCUGGCGGCAGCGGCGGACGAGUUUCGCGCUGAGAGCAUCGAGCUCCUCGACGGCGUUGUGAGUGAUGUGGCGAAGACGAUCAGCGCAGCCGCGGAGAUGAACGAUGUGAGGGCAGAUACAAGUACGGAAGACAGCUGUUUGUCCAACUUUCAGCUGGCGCACACGGUGCAAGUGGCCAUGACAUUGAUCCAGUUGUACACCCAGCAGGCCGACGGCUUCGACCGGAAGGAUGCACUGGCCAUCGCAGCAGAGGUUGGACGGAGAACCGUUCAAACAGUACAGCAGUGGGAGCGGGAUUUCAUCGCCCACGGACGCAUAAAAAAACCUGACACAGGUCGCUUCAAGCGCAGGUUUUUGCUGGAGCUCGACGAAGGCGUCUUCAAGCUCGCGAAAGGCUGGGUGCUCGAGAACUGCGGGAUACUCAGUGGGCAAGCCAAUAAAACGGCGGAGGAUUUCCGCAAGUGGGUGAACAGCACCAUCAUGCCGAUGCUGGAGGAGCAGGAAAAGGACGGCAUCAACGCUUUCCAUGGAUUGAGAGUAAAGCUGGUGGAAGUGAAGGAGAACGAGCCGCCAAAGCGCCAAAUCUCCCUUUCUACGGCAACGGAGUGGCUGAAGAAGAUGGGAUGCGAAUACCACGACGGCAAAAAGGGGCUGUACUUCGAUGGCCACGACGACAAGAAGACCCUUGAAUACCGGCACGACGAGUUCCUCCCGGCGCUGUUCGACACCCGCGACUACAUGGAGGUAUGGAUUCCGAUGGGCAAGGAUGAAGCGAUCGUCUGGGGUGUUGACGUCGAGACGGUGGAGGAGACCGAGCGCUUGCCGGAUGGUGGUGUCUGGGUUUGUGUCGAUGAUCUCGAGUCUGCGCUGGCAGACUUGCCCGAAGACCUGCAAGCCAGAGUGCAGAGCAAGAAAACCUACCCUGACGGGAGGCGGGCCAUGCUUCUCUACCAGGACGAGAGCAUAUUUCGAGCCAACGACGACCAGAGGCGCGCGUGGUAUCGGGACGGCCAGCAUGUGCCCGUGAAGAAGUCACAAGGCCAGGGGAUCAUGGUGUCGGGGACGAUAAUCCACAACGUUGGCUUCUUCUCGGCGUCGCGGGCACAGAUCCAGGACGCGGAGCGCAACCGCAGGAAACGAUGCGCCGCCUCAGCUGCCGCGAAGCGACGGGGGGAAAACGUGAAGGUGGAGAAGUUCCGCCCCAUCGACAUGCUUCAUGAAGACGAGCAUGGACAGUACUGGUCCUACCACCUCUUCGAGUACGGCAAGAACAAGGAGGGAUACUGGACCGGGCUCAGGAUGCUGGACCACAUGUCAGACGUGCUCGACAUGUUCACAGUUCUCUACCCUGAGCACAAGCCUGUAGGCCUGUUCGACUGGUCGUCCUGUCAUGACUGCAUGGAGGUCGGCGCACCGUCGGUGAAGAGAAUGAACUUGGGUGUCGGUGGUGUGAGGAACGGAGAAGAGCUUGCGCCGAUGGACCCCGUGACCAUCCUCGAAGAUACCCCGAACCUCCCAGCCGGCACGGUACAGCACUUGGUGUUUCGGAGGGGGGACGAUCCCCCCUUCCACUCCCCGCAUCUCAAGCCGGCGCAAUAUGUCGGAAAGUUGAAAGGAAUGCGGCAGAUUUUGUGGGAGAGGGGGCUCCUGGUCAAAGGCAUGAGUAAGACGGGGGGCUCGGGCGAAAAGCAGGACCUCAGCAAGAGCAUGGAGCACGUUUUGGGAGAGCAGAAGGACUUCAAGGAAGUUGAUUCUAGUCUGGUGCUGUUGAUGCAGCGCCACGGGGGGGCCUGUCUCAUGCUUCCUAAGUACCACUGCGAGUGUAACCCCAUCGAGCUUGUUUGGGGCCGAGCGAAGGACUGGACUCGAAAGAACUGCAAAUAUUCGUUGGAAUGCUUGCGCAAGAACGUGCCGCUGAGUUUUAGACCAGAGAAGGAUAGACAGGCUGUUUCGGUAGUCCAGGGCUACUGCAAGAAGGCGUACACACACGCCCUCAUGUACCGCGAGACGCGUGUGCAAGGGCCUGAGGGCAAGAAGACGUACAAGAAGUACAAGUCGCACAGGCGCCCGACCCCGAAGGAAUGGAGGCCGUAGAGUCGAUGGCGCAUUCUUGUUCAUUGAGCUGUAUUUGUUCAGUUUUUUUCCGUGUUUCUGGUGGGAAUGUUGUACAAAAAUGGAACAUUUUUGUUGAAAACGGCCAAUUUUUGUGAUGUAUGUACGCUAUAGGUGCGGUAGAGGCAUUUGCAUAGUGCUUGAGGGCGUUCCUGUGCACGUGUGGGUGGUUUGGUGCGAAAAAAAAAAAAGGAUUAGCAACAUAUAUCGGGGAAAAGUUGCUCUAGGGCCAAUUUCGUGGGUUCGAGACCCGCCGCGAGUAUCUUUUUUUCUUUUUCUCGUUUUUUCCUUUUUUUUUGGCGACUCGCUACUCUUUUGCGCCUUGCCGCGGGCGUUCCGAAGCUGUUUUUCUUUUUCUUUCACUCGCUCUCAGUCAAAAGUUAUGGAGGGACAACCAAAAUCGGGUCCUUGAAAAUUACCACGUUAGUGUCAUUACUUUUCACUGCAGUGCCUACACAGACGAUCGGGAGAGAUUCGGGUGAUUGUCAAUUGCUGCUAUGAUGGCUUUGGUUUGUUGUUCUUUUUCACUGUACGGCCGCAGACACAUUCUGACAGCACUUCAGACAGCAGCUUUGUGCCCCGCCAGCUGCUUGUUCCAUGCCUACCAUGCAUGGUGUUUUUGUGCAGACAGCACUUCAGACAGCACUGUGCUGUAGUCGGCAAUCUUCCGUUUUGGUAUAGAGUGGGACAGGGAGGGGGUGAUGCUACUGUAGUCGAACGGUGGGACGGACGUGCAGUUCAGUUUUUGGGCACGCAUACGGUGCUGCAGGGAUUUUUAGGUGUACCUCUUCGGGCUUUUGGAUACCUUUUUCUCGUUAUUAUAUGUGUGCGUGUUCUGUAGAUCCUCA